UUGUUGAGAAUUUUUUAUUUGACGAGUGAAUUGUUAUUGAUUUUGGUGCGACGCACGAGUGAAAAUUGUCUGUGAAAAAUGUCAUCGUCAACACGCUUAACGAGAUAAUUUUUGAAUUAAGUCGAAUUAUAUUUGGAACUCGAAUGGAAAAAAUGUUUUCAAAACAGUGGAGAAAUUAAUUUUUUUUUUAAAGCAUAUAAUAAAAACUAAUUUUUAGUGUUUAGUUAGUUUUAAAGUGAGGAAAAUAAAUGAAAAUAGAUGAAUCAACAAUGCAAAGUUUGCGGAGAGCCGGCUGCAGGUUUUCAUUUUGGCGCUUUUACAUGCGAAGGAUGCAAGUCAUUUUUUGGCCGAACUUACAACAAUUUGGGUUCAAUAUCCGAGUGCAAAAACAACGGAGAAUGUGUGAUCAACAAAAAGAAUCGUACCGCUUGCAAAGCAUGCCGGCUACGAAAGUGUCUACUAGUCGGAAUGUCAAAAAGUGGCUCCCGUUAUGGUCGGCGUUCAAACUGGUUCAAAAUACAUUGCCUUCUACAAGAACAACAACAAGCAGCAGCUCAAGCGGCGGUCGCGGCUUCUGGGCAUCCGGGUGGUGGGAACUCAUCAACAGUGGGAAGCAACAGUGGAGCAAAACCAAUAUUGCCUCCAGGUUUAGAUUUACAAAAGACAUUAGCACAACAGUCACAUCCAGAUUUAGCGGGAUUUUUUGCUCAAACAUUUGCUCAAUCAUUACACCAGAAUUCAGUUGUAGGUAGUCCAUUUUUGAAUAAUUUAUAUCGUUUUCCGCCGGGUUUAACUGUACAACAAUUACGUGGAGACGACGGAACUUUACUGCCGAAAAGCUCAGCCGCAUCUGAUAGUGGAACAUCUUCAGCUGAAGAUGAAAUUGAACAAUCUUCAAGUCGAUUAAAAAUAACUGAUCAUAAUUUUUUUUCGAAAAAUAGAUUUCAACCCUACAAUAACAAUAACAAUAGUAGUAAUAUUGACCAUAAUCGCUUAGACACCAAAAAAACAAAUUCAGUUUCUACACCCCCAUUAUUACGACAACAUUCGAGUAUAUCGCCAUCAAGUGAUCCAGGAUGUUUUUUCGGCGAUAAAAAACAAUUUUCACCCAAUCGUGUAUCAGUCUCAUCUCUAUCAUGGCCUAACACAUUUCCUUUACAAAAUGCUAAUAUUAUGGAUCCAAAUGCAUGGAAAGAUUUAUGGUUGCGAUCGUUACCAACAACACCUGCAGAUCUAAAAUUAUUGGACAUUCCAUCAAAUAAUAAUAAUAAUAACAAUCAUAAUAAUAAUAACAAUAAUAACGAUUUAAACCAAGAUCAACCUAUUGAUCUAUCUGUAAAACCAGAAAAAUGCAAACCAAAAUCAUCGCUACGAAAUAAUGAAGAAGAUGAAACAUUAUGUGCUCUAAAUGUAGACGUUAAUGUUAAAUCUGAUGAUGAAGAAGACAGCGAAGAUUUUGAUGAAAAUAGCUCUAAGGAAAACGUUAAAGUCAUUCCAUUAGAUUUAACUUUAGAAAAUACAAAACGUAAUGAAAUUGUUACUACUUGAUAGAGAGACUUUAAUUUGAAUCUAAUAUCAAGAAGUAAAAGCUUAUCAAGAGGAAUUCUAUUUUUUGGUACCUGAUGUGAGAAGUUUAUUUUGUUGAUUUUUUGAGCGUAUUCGAGUUGGCAUUGUAAGGUACAAAAAUGUCUUAUCAACAGAAAUAUUUUGACUCUGAUUUUUGAAAUUUUUUCUAUUGAAAAGAGAAAAGAUUGCGCCUUUGAAUUCGAUUAAAACAAUUUAAAAUCAUCUAAAAACGAAGUUUUAUAUUU